AUGAAGUCCAAAUGGGGUUCCAUUCCAAAACCAAUUGGUGGAGGGAGGAACGUGAUCCAAGCAAACGCAGCAGCAGCAGCAACAACAACAGCAGCAGCAGCAACAACAAGGUUGGCCGCUAGCCCCCAACAGUCUUUCAAGCGGGACCCAGACCAGUACAUGCCGAUUGCAAACGUGAUCCGUAUCAUGCGGCGGGUCCUUCCCGACCACGCCAAGAUCGCUGACGAUGCCAAGGAGACGAUCCAAGAGUGCGUCUCCGAGUUCAUAGGCUUCGUCACCAGCGAGGCCAACCAGCGCUGCCACCGCGAGUACCGCAAGACUGUCACUCCAGACGAUGUCAUUUCUGCUAUGGCUUCACUCGGCUUCUCCACCUAUGUCCAGCCGCUCUCUGUCUUCCUCGACAAGCACCGUGGGGUCCACAGCCAGCCACAGGUUUACUUGGGCCCACCAGAGAUGGGUGGUGCUUACUUUGUGGGGAAUAAAGGUGGCGGAGAAGGCUCUUCGGACCCCUUUGUGCACCAGUAUUAUAAGUAG